GUACACAACGUCCAGAAACUGAAGCUGACCCAUACAUUCGUAUACUGGAUUAGAGCGGUCAGACUGAGCAUGAAGAGCAGAGAACAUCAUGCACAGAAACAGAGAAGGAGACUGCUGCUGGCCUGGCACAUUCACACAGUGUCAGCCCAGAGAAUGCGAUACAGUGAGGCCUGCUUCCAGUACAGUAUUGAGCUCAGGAUGAUGGGCUCCUGCUUCAGCCUGUGGAGGAGGGUGCUGAUUCAGACCCAGAACAAGCAGUGUGUCCUUGAAGACCGCCUCAAUCUCCAUCACAGCAGACUGACAGCACAAAUCUUUAAGUGCUGGAGAGCAGCCACCACACAACGCAGCACAGCCAAGACAAUCAACACAGCUUUACUGCAAAAGUGUUAUGUGUGUUGGACACAGCAGAGAGAUGCACUUAGAACAGCCAACCAGUUUCAUGCUCAGAGGCAGAAAGAAGCAGCACGGCUAAUUCUAACAUCUUGGUCAUCAUGGGCUAAAGAGCAUAAAGGCUGCAGGCAGAUGGAAGAAGCUGUGCGUCUCUGGUUGGAAGGCAGGCGAGUGUGUAUGUUAUUCCAUCAAUGGGUUAAAGCAUACCGACAGCAUCAGGUGGCCUGUUUCAACAGCCAAAAAGGUCUUUUACACAGGUCGUUCUGCGCAUGGAGGGCUGCUGCUGUGGAGACAAAGCAGAAGUGUCAGGCUGCUGAGGUGCAGCUACAGCAAUUUCAAAUCCAAUCAGCUUUAAGAACUUGGAGGUGGGCUGCAGCAUCCCAUAAGGCUGUGCAGUCCCUUGCACGGCGGGUGAGGGAGGCAGACAGAGAAAGGCUUCUAAAGGCUGUGUUCCAAGCAUGGCACCGUGAGAUAAUGGCCCAGAAGCAGCGUGAUCUACACCUUAGUGAGAAGUUUUUUUCUCUUUGGGUUCAGGAAGUGCAGAGAAGACAGUCAGAGAGGCUGCUUCAGACAAGAUGGAGGGCUAAGUGGCUGAGACGCUGGCGUUAUAGAGCAGUGGAGCGGAGAGAACAGAGGGAACUAACUUGUCUGCACUGGGCCUCCUGGAAGAGCCAGACUGCUGUCUCGCUACUCUACUCACAACAACAUGAACAUAAAGUGCUACAGAGAGCAUGGCUCACCUGGAGAAAGAGGCGCAUCAGGAACAAAGUGGUUGCUGCCUACACUGCCAGCCUCAAUAGAUCCCUGCUGUUGAAGGCUUUUCGUUUAUGGUGGCAGCGGGCCUUGGUCUUAGGCUUCCUGCCCAGCAGAGCUCCAACUCGCUCCUACUCCAUGUGACUGACUGGCCAAGAGUGGCAGAACAUUCUGGACUGCGGUUAACUUGACACUCUCAUUAAACCUCCUGGAAGCUACAGAGCUGUUUAAACUUUAACCCUUAAUAUCACUGCAAAAGAUACAACUGCAAACUCUACCCUUUAAAUAAAACAAGUGGCAGCUAUAUUAAAUCCUACACGUCCUUACAGGACUCACUUUCAUUCCUUCCAAGAAGAACUCCCUGUCCUUAUGACAAGAAACCUAGAGUGCAAGCUUCGGCUGAAUCUUUCAUGGCCAAGCAGCCCCCAGCCUUCAGAAAGCUCAGAUACAUAAAUGGCUCUUAAGGGGUUUCCUCAUGGUCAAGGCCUGGCUAAACGUGUCUGGGGGCUUGUAUUAUAUCUAUAAAUAACCUCUUGCGUCUGCUUUGGGGUUGCCUAAUGAAACGUGGGGCUGCGUUUAUGUAAGGUUCUCUGUGUCAUUAGCAGUAAUUCAUAUCUCUAUGACACUUUCCUGAGUAGUAAUGGAACCGUAUGACACGUACAGUGGAGAAACUCAUGCCAGCUCGGGUUUACUGUCUCAGGGGUGAAAGGGGAACAUUCCAAAUACUAAAAAAAAAAGUUUAAAUAAAGCACAUAUUGAGCUAUUGUAUUUACUAAUAAAUGGUACAGUGAUUAAAGAUUUCAGAAGUUUGGAGUAAAUACAGCUAUUUAGGAAAUGUUGGAGAUGACAUGACCCUCCCACUAUUUUGCAAAUUUCUGAUUGUAAAAAAAUUACAUAGGCAAGUUGAAAAAGAGCUUUGAGAGAACAUGUAGCUGUCACAUUUUAAAACUCUAAUUAA